CUGCUUCAAACUUCAGUCUCUCCGUCUCGUUCUCCCAGGCAUAUCUUGUGUCUGCCGAUUGACGAAGUCUCUCGUACUACUACUCACCACACCAUCACAAUGGGUCUCACUGGAAAGUCCCUCCAGAUGAGCCAGCUUCUGCUGGUCGUCUUACCCGCUUUCGUCCUCUUUGGAUACAACCAGUCCGGUGUCGGCGGCCUCCUGUCGCUCGAGGACUGGAACAAGCACUUCCCCGAGAUUGAUACUGUUCACGCCAAGGGUGCGUUGAAGAGUGAGCGCUCGACCAAGCAGGGUGCUGUCGUUGCUUCGUUCACCAUCGGUGCUCUGUUCGGUGCCCUUGCCUGCUCCUGGGUGGGCGACAAGCUCGGACGCCGCAAGACCAUCUUCAUCGGUGCUGUCCUUACACUUAUUGGAGAGAUCCUGCAGUGCACCUCGUUCGAGCUUGCGCAGUUCGUUGUUGGCCGCUUCAUCCUCGGCUGGGGCGUCGGCAAGCUCAGUGCGACCGUUCCCGUCUGGCAGUCCGAGUGCUCGUCUUCCGCCAACCGUGGUAAGCACGUUGUGCUCGACGGCUGCUUCAUCUCGCUUGGAUACCUCCUGGAAGCCUGGAUCAACCUCGGUUUCUUCGAGCAGGACAACCUCCCCCUGCAGUGGCGCAUUCCCCUCGCGAUCCCCACCGUCAUCUCGCUCGUCCCCAUGAUUGCGGUCUUCACGAUCCCUGAGUCUCCGAGAUGGUUGGUUGCCAAGGGCCGCGUUGAGGAUGCCAGGAAGAGCUUGUCCGAGUUCAAGGGUCUUGACCUCAACCACCACGACAUCGCGUCUGAGAUCAGCGGCAUCGAACUCGCUCUCGAGGAGACCAAGGGCAGUGCCGUUAAGAUCAGCCAGAUCUUCACUAACGGCAAGGACAAGCUGUUCUACCGCUUCUCGCUCUGCAUCUUCCUGCAGUUCCUCCAGCAGAUGUGCGGCUCCAACCUGAUCUCUACCUACUCCACCAUUAUCUUCCAGCAGGGUCUCGGCCUCGAUGCUGAGACAUCCCGUAUCCUGUCUGGCGGUGCGCUUACCUGGAAGUUUUUGUCCUGCUUCGUCGCCUUUUUCACCAUCGACCGCUUCGGCCGCCGCAAGCUAUUCAUGUUUUCCGGCGCCGGCAUGGCUUCUUGCAUGUUGGCUCUCGCUAUUGCGUCCUCGAUGCCUAAAUCUGAUAAGGCUGCGCAGAUCGUGUCCGCGUUGUUCGUGUUCCUGUUCAACUUCUUCAUCCCCAUCGGCUUCCUUGGCGCCAACUUUUUGUACUGCACCGAAGUCGCACCCACACGCCUCCGUGUACCUAUGGCAGGCAUCUCUACAGCCAAUCAUUGGCUAUGGAAUUUCGUGGUCAACAUGGCUACACCCGUCGCUAUCGAAACCAUAGGCUGGAAGUACUAUCUGGUCUUCCUUAUCAUCUCUGCGGUCAUCGUACCGAUCGUAUUCCUCUUCUACCCGGAGACCAUGGGCCGCUCGCUCGAGGAGCUCGAGAUGAUGUUCAGCAGCGGCAAGAGUAUCGCUGGUAUUGUGCGCGAGUCGCGACAGCCACUGACGGGCGGGUUUCUGAGCGACGGCGACUCGAUUGAGAAGGGCCACGAGAAGAACGUCGACGAGGUCGAAUCGUACCAGGCUUAAGAAAAAGAGACUGCAGAUAGAUAGAAGAUACUCCCAGCGCCACGACUGAAUAUGAAUCCUUAUGAACUUCACACACGGGUGCAAGCGGUGACGAGUUUUACUUUUUCGCUGCCUGAGAUCCACUUUGAGGCUCCUUGAGGCUGAAUGCACGCGCACAGGGGCCAGAGGUCCCGACUGUGCCCGAGUUUCUUCACAUGCGUGCCCAAUGCCUUGCUGAAUUUGCGUGGCUGAGGCACUGUUUCCGAUCUCUCCCGUGCGUCGGAGAGCGUUGGACCCACUUAGAGCCGCAUCGGAGGCUCGUGUAGAUUCACUGCGAUGCUACCCGUCGAUAAAGAGGAACUGCUCGGCCGUGUACGAAGAAGAUCGUUCUUGAUGAGGCAUCACACCAAGUAGACUCGCCCUGUGGUACACGCUACUUCAACAGCAUAAUGUUGAUGUUAACUAUAUAUUUUACACAAUAAGAUAGAGAAUUAC